CAAAACCCGAGGUGGGCUUAAGCAAGCGGGCGGCGCGGCGGCGCGCGUCAGGGGGCGGUCCUGCGCGGCCCGCACCGCCCUCCCUCGCGCCCUCCUCUCCUCCCAGUCACCCUCGCGCUCCCUACGCUAAGGCAAUCAGCGCUUCGGCCCCUUCCUUGGCUCGCUCACUCAGGCGGUGCCAUGGCGGCCUUCAGCAAGUACCUGACGGCGCGAAACUGCUCGUUGGCGGGGGCCGCGUUCCUGGUGCUCUGCCUGCUGCGCAAGCGGCGCCGCGCCCUCGGCCUGCACGGUAAGAAAAAUGGAAAACCACCAUUGCAGAUCAAUGAGAAAGAGGGAAAAAAAGAACGAGUUAUGGUGGACAAGGUGUUUUUAUCAAGGCUCACACGGAUUCUUAAAAUCAUGGUCCCUAGAACAUUUUGUAAAGAGACAGGUUACUUGAUACUUAUUGCUGUUAUGCUGGUGUCUCGAACGUAUUGUGAUGUUUGGAUGAUUCAAAAUGGGACACUCAUUGAAAGUGGUAUCAUUGGUCGUAGCAGAAAAGAUUUCAAGAGGUACUUAUUCAACUUCAUCGCUGCCAUGCCUCUCAUCUCUCUGGUUAAUAACUUCUUGAAGUUUGGGUUAAAUGAGCUCAAACUGUGCUUCCGAGUAAGACUAACUAAAUACCUCUAUGAGGAGUAUCUCCAAGCUUUCACAUAUUAUAAAAUGGGAAAUUUGGACAACAGAAUAGCUAAUCCAGACCAGCUGCUUACACAAGAUGUAGAAAAGUUUUGUAACAGUGUAGUUGAUUUGUAUUCAAACCUUAGUAAGCCAUUUUUAGACAUAGUUUUGUAUAUCUUCAAGUUAACAAGUGCAAUAGGAGCUCAGGGCCCAGCGAGUAUGAUGGCCUAUUUACUUGUUUCUGGGCUAUUCCUAACUCGACUCAGAAGACCCAUUGGUAAGAUGACAAUAACUGAGCAAAAGUAUGAAGGAGAGUACAGAUACGUUAAUUCCCGGCUGAUCACAAACAGUGAAGAAAUUGCCUUUUAUAAUGGGAAUAAAAGAGAAAAGCAGACAAUCCACACAGUCUUCCGAAAACUGGUGGAACACCUGCAUAAUUUCAUUUUCUUUCGGUUUUCUAUGGGCUUCAUUGAUAGCAUAAUUGCCAAAUAUCUUGCCACUGUGGUUGGUUACCUAGUUGUUAGCCGUCCUUUCCUAGAUAUGUCUCAUCCUCGACAUCUCAAAAGUACACAUUCAGAACUUCUAGAGGAUUACUACCAAAGUGGAAGGAUGCUUUUGCGAAUGUCUCAAGCUCUGGGCCGAAUAGUUCUGGCUGGCCGUGAAAUGACCAGAUUGGCUGGUUUUACUGCUCGGAUUUCAGAAUUAACGCAAGUACUAAAGGAUUUAAAUAAUGGAAAAUAUGAGCGCACAAUGGUCUCACAACAAGAGAAGGGAGCACAAAGCAUUCCCUUGAUUCCUGGUGCUGGAGAAAUCAUCAAUGCUGAUAACAUUAUAAAAUUUGAGCAUGUUCCUUUAGCAACGCCAAAUGGAGAUAUCCUGAUCCAAGACCUUAAUUUUGAAGUUCGAUCUGGGGCCAAUGUUCUAAUCUGUGGUCCAAAUGGCUGUGGAAAGAGUUCACUUUUCCGUGUUCUUGGUGAAUUGUGGCCUCUUUUUGGAGGACGUCUCACUAAACCUGAGAGAGGAAAGUUAUUUUAUGUUCCUCAGAGACCUUAUAUGACCCUUGGAACACUUCGAGACCAAGUGAUAUAUCCAGAUGGAAGAGAAGAUCAGAAAAGGAAGGGGAUAUCUGACCUAGUACUCAAGGAGUAUUUGGAUAAUGUCCAGUUGGGUCAUAUCCUUGAACGUGAAGGAGGCUGGGACAGUGUUCAGGAUUGGAUGGAUGUACUCAGUGGUGGAGAGAAGCAAAGGAUGGCAAUGGCAAGAUUAUUUUAUCACAAACCCCAGUUUGCCAUUUUGGAUGAGUGCACAAGCGCCGUGAGUGUGGACGUGGAAGGCUACAUUUACAGUCACUGUCGAGAGGUUGGCAUCACCCUCUUCACCGUGUCGCAUAGGAAGUCUCUUUGGAAGCACCAUGAGUACUACCUGCACAUGGAUGGCAGAGGCAGUUAUGAAUUUAAACAGAUAACAGAUGAUACAGUUGAGUUUGGCUCAUAAAAUCCGGAGAACUGUACCUGCUUCAAUGAAAUAAUUACAGAAAACACUUAGAAGUACAAAGUACAUUGUGAAAUAAAGUUGAGCUUUGUUUUUAAACAAAGCAACAAAUUAACUAAAUAUAAAAUAAUCAAGAACAAGUUGAUAAAACAUUUAAUAUUAUAUAGGAUAUUGCUAAUUGUGUAUAUGUUGGCUUAAUUAUUAAUAUGUACUAAGAAUGACCUUAUUCUUGUGGUUGAAAAACUGCCUAAAUUAAAUUGGGCUUCAAUCAGUGUAACCUGAUUCAUCCUGGGACGUAAACCAUUUGAAGUCAGCGAAUUUGACUUUCAUGGCUCUAUCUUUUCCUUCAAUGAAGAACCCUGUUUAAAACUGGGGUCAUCACUUGUCCUGUCCUAACAAGAUAGUCUUGAGUGUCGUUUUCUUGUGUCCCAUGAUGAUGGGAAGCAAACAAAUCAUAGUGUGUUAGCAAAAUGUGCAGCAUCAGUGCACACUAACCUGUGUUCCAUAGUGGCAGGUUUUUUUAGUGCCACAGUUACACUCAUUCCUUGUGUGUGUCUUGGGGUGCAUGUAACUCCAGGAAAGCCAUCUGAAUUUUCUUUGGCCAAAUAAUAAAGGUGCCGAUCUCAGUCUGAAGUA